AUGUUUUGGAAUUUAAACAUUUGUUAUUCUGUUCUAUUCACAGCAUCCAAUGAAGCUGGAAAAAAUUCCGACGAUGAUCUCGGUGAAGAUGUGGCAGAUUCUUUGAAAAGGAUAUGCGCUGAAGUACGCGAGGAUCGAAAUAGGGUUCGAAGGUGCAUACAAAGGCCCACCGGUGUGAAAAAUUGCCUGUUUAUAGCGGUGCAAGACGCUGACGUAGUGGAUCUCGCCGAGCGAAUGGUCACCUAUGCGCAGUCAUCGAGACAAUGUCGAUAUCUACAGCGUGUUUUGCCAGUUGAGGAAACAGCGGAAGUGGACCUAAAGAAGUUGAACGAUAUGAUUUUAAAGUGUGUAUCACGACAUCUAAAGGCUAGGGAAGACGGUUCAGUUCCUUCAUAUUCGAUGGAAUUCAGAGCUCGCAACAACGACUCGGUGAAGAAGACCGAUGCGUUGGAAAUGCUUGGCACGGCCGUCAACUCAAUUGCUCCGACAGCAAAAGUUGACUUGAACGGCGCGGAUGUCACGAUAAGUGUUCUUUUGCUACGGAAAACAUUAAUGGUUGGCGCGGCACCUAAUUAUUUUGGGAAACGAAAAUACAUUAUGCGACCAAAAGAGGAGAAGUUCGACGCCGUUGAAGUGGACCAGAAAAAAAUAAAUGUUGAAAAUGUGUUGAAAGAGGUGACAUCGUUGGAUAAGUGA